GUCACUUUGUGUGUGUCCCGUCGUCAUGUUAUGUUAUGAGUGACUCAAACAAACCUAAAACAACAAAACAACAAAAACCCAGACUUCUUGCUUAAUUGACUGGUAAACAUUAUGUUUACUUAACACAGAAGAGAACCUCAAAAUAACAUGAUUUGUAAGUAAAACCGAUAUAACUCAAUUAUGAUAUUAAAAUGAGUUCAUUGUUUCACAAUGUGCUGUCAAGAAGCAAAGACUCGCUUCUUAAAGAAUCACUACAAAAUCAGUUGGUUGCCUGUGUAAAGGAUAUUCAGCUGGACCAUGCUCACAGUGGAAAGUUUCAAAACAGCAAUGAAGCGGCAGAAGCCUUUUGCACCGUGCUCGAGGCAAUCUUCCUUCAUGGCAUCAAGGAAUCACUGGUUGACAAAAUGGUCUUGGCAAUGGGGGAUCCCGAUACUAGACCUGAACCUAACUUCUGGCCUUUCCUUCUUGUGUUUUCUCACAGGGAACUCAUUGACCAGAUCACAGGACUUAAUUUUAUCUCAACUGACGUCGGGAGGUGCAGAGCAUGGCUAAGACUUGCCCUCAACGAAGCACUACUGACAAGUUACAUGCAGUCUAUGCUGUCUCAGAGAAGCUCCCUCAGUUCUUUCUACAAACGAGCAGCCUAUCUUCGAGAUAAGGAGCUUUUAGAUAUGUCUGUUACACUAGUAUCCGGUGUGGAAGCUUAUCCUUUCAAUCUGGCCAGCAACUCCAGUCUGUUGAACAUGUGGACUAACCAGCCGUUGCUAAUGGCAGGUAUUUGGAGUCCAGCAAUGAAGAACUGCCCGAUCUCUAGUGGCACGGAUAUUGCCCAGUCACUUACUAACGAAGACUUACGAAUCGCUGAAGAUUCUGUCAGUUCUGUUGUAUCUGGUUCCUUUUACGAAUCCUCUCUCGGUUCUAAUCCCUUUGACGAAAAUGAAGCGUUAAAGAUAAUAUUAGGCUGCAAGACUACUCAAGGUCAAGAUGGGUUUAUCAAAAACGAUAUAGAAAGUGGUUAUGAUAUUUCACACAGUGAAGAGAAUGCUCAACGUAUGGAUAAGUGGGUAGAAGAAACUAAAGUUAGCUCUGGCAAUGAAAAUCCCAUGGAAGAAAGUAAAGUGGAAGAUACAAAAGAGAUAGAACAAAGCAAAAGUAGUAAAUGUGAGUCAGAACACUCUAAAGAUAAAGUACGACAUGAAGAAUGCAUCAAACCAACAGAAAACAAAGACGAGAAAAAACAAAUAUUGCAGAGUUAUAAUUCAUUAGUAGAAAGCUAUAACAAAUUAUCAACUACAUCCUCCAAAGUUCCAGAUCUACAAGAUUUACUACAGAAAUUCCAGUCACCCAAUGAUACCUCUCCAUCUACCUCUGAACAACCAUCACAUCCCACCAGUGACCCACUCCUAGAGGAGCCAAAUGAAAAGUUAGAUUUUGAAGUGGUAUCUGACAACAUAGAGCAAACCGAAAUGCCUGAUUUCAAAAUACUUAUUCAGUAUAUCACCAGGAUAUCCAUAGAGAUGGGGUUGGACUCACAAAACUACAAAUGUACAACUUGCUCUCAUUAUAUUGGUAUAAACUUUGGCCCUGCAAAAGUUUGUGGGUUGAGUGGAAAGUAUUUCUGCUCCGACUGUUUCUCAGACCAUUUGACAGAAGAGAAUUGUAUCAUCCCAGCCCGAGUCAUCUACAACUGGGAUUUCAGGCCAUAUACAGUAUCUCAGAAAGCAGCUAAGUUUCUAAAACAGAUAGAAAUCUAUCCUCUCUUUGAUUUGAGCUUGAUAAACCCGAAAAUCUAUGGAGCAGUCCCAGAAAUGGCACGGUUAAAGGAAUUGCGUGUGCGAUUACGUUUCCUAAGUGCCUACCUAUUAACUUGCCGAGAGAAUCCCAUCCAGACACUACAAAAACAAAUUUGGCCAAGGGAGUAUUUGUAUGAGAAGGAUCAUCUUUAUUCUCUUUGGGAUCUCAUCCAAGUAUCUACUGGUCAGUUAGAGUCACUUCUGCAAGGAUGUAUUGAAUCAUCUCGUACCCAUGUAAUGUCCUGCUCACACUGCUCACUAAGAGGCUACAUCUGCGAAAUAUGCAAUAAUCCAAAAAUCAUCUUCCCAUUCGAUCUUGACACUACUUAUCGAUGCAAAAACUGCAAUGCUGUAUAUCACUCCGAGUGCCUUAGAGCGGGCCAGCUUUGCCCCAAAUGUCUACGGAUACAACAAAGAUUGACCUCUCAAAACGACCUUAACCCUCCUGUAGAUCCACUCUGACCCCCUUCUAUGGACUUCUCUCUCUAUAUGUAGUAAUUAUUUUUAGUUUGUUAAAUCAUUUUUUGAAUAGUUUAUCAUUGUUAUAAUGUAUUUAUCGUAAUGUUUAUUUUAAUUGAUUAUCACAAUUUUACCAUGGACUUAGUCAGUAUCAAUUUUAAGGAGUCUAAUUGUAGCUGUAUAAAGUGUACAAAAGGUAUUUGUCUCAAGGAUCAGUCAAGUUAGUGACUAGUGUGUGUGUGUGUGUGUGUGAGAGAGAGAGAGAGAGAAAGACGGAGGGAUAAAUAUGUGAGAAUGUACCAUUUGGGGUGUGUAACAGCUUGUUCAUUUCAUCAGCUUGUAAUUCAUUGUUUAUUUGUUUCAAUUAAAUAUCAGCCCUUUUUUAAAUUAAUGUGUAGUAUUAAUAUUUUUAAAAUGAUUUUAUUAUACAGGGUGUUUCCAAAUUGUCUGGACAUAUUUUGUGAACUUGUUCCUUGGGUUAAGAUAAACAUAAAUGCCGUAUAAGUUAGAUUUCUGUUUUGUCAGUCUGUUUGUGAUUUUUAAGAAUUAUUUUAUAUCUUACGCAUUUUUCAAGAUAGAAACUUCAAAAUUAGUAUAAAUGUGUAUUUUAGUAGGUAAAAAGAGCUUACAAAGUUGACAAGCAACCGAGUUAUCAGUUUUCUUUUACAUUCGGUUACACUUAAUAGGAUCCAAUCCAUAAUGUUUAUUAUGAUUGUUAUUUUAUAGAGCCGUAUGGUAGUCCUAUUAAAUUGCUUAACCGAAUGUAGAAAAAAAAACUAAUAACUCAGUUGUUUGUCAUCUGAUUUUAACAAACAAGGUCUCAUUUGAUUUGGAUUUAAAUUUUCUAUCUUUUUUAUCUGAAAAACAAUUUUCUUAAUAUUUACAGUUUUCAUGAAAUUUGGCAUUACAGAUUUUAAAUGGCUGCCAUAUUGAAACGGCUUGAGAUAUAGGAACGAAACUUUGUACGCUCUAUUUACCUACUAAAAUACACAUUUAUACCAAUUUUGAAAUUUGUAUCUUGAAAAAUGCCUAAGAUAUUAAAUAGUUCUUAAAAAUCACAAAUAGACUGACAAACAUAAAUCUAGGCAUUUUAGACCCAUACUUAUAUGUCAUUUUAUGUUUGUCUUAGCCCAAGGAACAA